GAAUGAGACUGCGCUGUCACGUCUUUGUUGCCCCUGAAGCUCUGUCAAUGUUCUGAAAAAAGAGCGGCAUAUGUGGGGAAAAUAAGACUGCUUCCCCGCCCGGAGAAUCGGAUUAAAACAACCGUUAGCUAGUUAAAGAACCCACAAGAUGGACAAUAAGCUGAACGGAUCCCUGCCUGUUGGCUCUUCGGAGUAUCUGCAACAGUGGAUUCAGUCAGCUCAGCGGUUCCAAGCCCUUCAAGCCCAAUAUUCGAACUACAACCAUCCGCCGCACUACCCGGAGGCACACACCGGGGGAGCAGCAGCAGCUCCACCGCACAUGGAUCAGCCUGAGCCUAUGAUGGAGCAGCAGGAGCCUGCUAACUUGACAAAACCUCCGCCCAAAAAGCGUGGCCGAGCAGCUCAGCCCAAGGAACCCAAGCCGCCAAAGGUCCCAAAGGAACCCAAACCUCCUAAAGCACCCAAACCUCCGAAAGCACCCAAACCUCCGAAAGAACCCAAACCUCCUAAAGCACCCAAGCCUCCGAAAGAACCCAAAGCGCCCAAGGGCAAACCAGGCCCGAAACCCAAAAAGGGCGCCGAGGGUCAGGCGGUCGACGGCAAGCAGGAGAAGAUCGAUGAGACCUUCAAAAAGGUGAAGAGGAAAGUGGAUCGUUUCAAGGGCAUGUCGGAGGAGGAAGUGAUGAAAAAGACCCUGCCGGACCUGCUGGACUACAAUCUGGACUAUGUCAUUAUCGGUAUCAAUCCGGGGCUAAUGGCCGCCUACAUCGGACGAUGGUUUCCUGGUCCUGGAAAUCAUUUUUGGAAGUGCCUCUUCCUUUCGGGAUUCACCGAAGAGCAGCUCAACCACAUGCACGACGACACAUUGCCCAGCAAGUACAAAAUGGGCUUCACCAACAUGGUGUCCAGGGCCACGCCGGGCAGUAAAGACCUGUCAAGCAAAGAGCUGCGCGAAGGAGGCAAAAUUCUUGUGGAGAAACUGAUGAAAUAUAAACCUCUCAUUGCCGUGUUCAAUGGAAAAUGCAUAUAUGAAAUGUUCUGUCGAGAGCUAUUUGGUAAAAAACCAAAAACGCUAGACUUUGGUUUGCAGCCGCACAAAAUUCCCGACUGUGAGGUGGCUCUGUACCUGAUGCCGUCCUCCAGCGCCCGUUGCGCUCAGUUCCCUCGCGCUCAGGACAAAGUGCACUUCUACAUCAAGCUGCGGGAGCUGCGCGACCAUCUCCAGGGCAUCCAGCGGCCCAAAGAGAUCGAGGAGAUAAAAUACUCGUUCAACCUACAAUUGGCCAAGGAGGACGCCAAGAGAGUAGCCAUCAAGGAGGAGCAGUACGAUCCCGGUUACGAGGACGCCUACGGAGGAGCUUAUGUCGAGCCGUCGGCCGAGGGAGGUCAGAGUCAGGCCAACGGGCAUUUUGACUCACCGAGCCAGGGAAAUAAUGCCGAAGAGGGAGGACAGAAUGCAGGCACGUCAAAGAGUUCCCAACUUCCCGACGGAGACGGGAUGACAGAAUCGCCAGCUGAUCAGAUUCCAGACGUGAGCGCAGAAGAAGGAGGUGGAGGAGCUAGCCAGGCCCCAGAUGUAUGAGGACAAAUUGUUUCUAUUUUUUUAACUUUUCUUCCUUAGUGGAAUAUACACGCCUAGAUAGACUUUGUAGACAUAUUGCAGAAUAUUCUCUCUGCGCAUUUUUAAAAUUUUAGUUUGUGGUUUGAUGAUCUCGACGGCAGCCAUUUUAAAAACAGGUGAAAAUGCAGGGACUUUUGUUUGGGCUGUCCAUGGAGAAACUUGGAAGUGGACUUGGAACUCUGCAACAGCUGAGAGCUGCAGAAAAGGAAAAGACAUAAUGGAAUGGAAAUGCUAACUUCAUUAGCAUUGUUGUCUUCUACUAUUCACAUUCCAACUCAACAGACAAAAGUAUUGGGACAUGCCUUUUAUAGUUCAAUCACUGUCUUAUGUCUCAAUACUUUUGUCCAGUGGACAAAAGUAUUGAGACACCUCUGUAAUGGGUUGUCCCCUGUCCCAAUACUUUUGUCCACUUCUAAAUCAAGCGAUGUGUCCCAAUACUCGGUCGACUCUCAUCUCCACUCUGUGUGCAAAUGAGAGUCCUACUUGAAGCCCUUAAUUCAAAACUUAGUCGCACUUGUUUUUCUUUUUUUUUUUUUUGUUACCUACGCUUCUUUGGUGCCCUUUUUGAAUCCUGUUUACAUUUGUACUGCACACUGAUGCAGUAAACAAGCGAGUAUACAAAAGAUGUUGUCUUUUGGAAUUACCUCAGCAGCCUUUUAUCAUAAAUUAAUUUUCUUUUAGGACUUUUUAGAAUCAAUUUACUGUUUGAAAAUGUCACAAGGGUUUUAUGAUUAUGUUGUGUCCAUUAAAAAUGUUCUGAUGGUG